GCUUAAACUGCUAUUUUCAGGUAGUGCCAGAAAGGUUAUGUUAUCCUAUUCUGUUGUUCUGUUUUAGAAAGUCUCAACAGUUAGUUGGUUAGAAGAGUUGUUCUUAGAAACAACUUAGUGCGAAUGUUUAUGUCUUACACUUAUUUAAUCCUGGUAUUUUCAUGAUGGCUGGGAUUUUCGAUAUUGAACUUCACGAUGAGGAUCUCCAUGACGAAGAUUCAGACGAUGAUACUAUCCAAGUUGAAGAGGGUGACUUAGAGGAGCCUAACUUGAAUGAAAUUAUUCUUGAAUCAGAGGAUAUCGAUGCUGUUGAGUUAUCUGAAACAAAUGCCAACCCCAGCAGAGAAAGGGCGGGUCCGGCGGAUUUCGAGUUAACAAAAGUCUUGGGUAGAGGCGGAUAUGGAAAAGUUUUCCAAGUCAAAAAACUCACUGGAAAAGAUUCCGGUACCAUAUUUGCUAUGAAAGUGCUUAAAAAAGCUUCAAUUGUCAGAAAUCAAAAAGAUACCGCGCAUACUAAAGCUGAGCGCAACAUCUUAGAAGCUGUAAAGCACCCAUUCAUCGUGGACCUUAUGUAUGCUUUCCAAACUGAAGGAAAAUUAUAUCUGAUCUUGGAAUAUUUAAGCGGCGGAGAACUCUUCAUGCAUUUAGAAAGAGAAGGGAUAUUUCUAGAGGAUACAGCGUGUUUUUACUUGUCGGAAAUAAUAUUAGCUUUGGAUCAUUUACAUAGACAAGGAAUCAUCUACAGAGAUUUGAAACCAGAAAAUAUUUUAUUGGAUGCCCAAGGUCAUUUGAAAUUGACGGACUUUGGAUUGUGCAAAGAGCAUAUCAGUGAAGGAACCAUCACCCAUACAUUUUGUGGAACCAUUGAAUAUAUGGCUCCUGAAAUUUUGACUAGAAGUGGGCAUGGAAAAGCUGUAGAUUGGUGGUCUCUUGGUGCUCUUAUGUACGAUAUGCUUACCGGAGCUCCGCCAUUCACUGCAGAAAAUCGUAAAAAGACAAUUGAAAAAAUCCUUCGUGGAAAACUCAUUCUACCUCCUUACCUAACACCAGAUGCCAGAGACUUAAUAAGAAAGUUAUUGAAGAGGCAGGUAGCACAAAGAUUAGGGUCCUCUCCGGGAGACGUUGAUAUCAUCCAGAGACACCCAUUCUUUAAGAACAUAAAUUGGAGGGAUGUAAUGUGCAGGAAAGUUGAUGCUCCAUUUAAACCUUCGCUGUCUGGUGCAGAUGAUGUAUCACAAUUUGAUACCAAGUUCACUAGACAGACACCUAUCGAUUCUCCUGAAGAUUCCAUGCUUAGUGAAAGUCUAAAUUUGGUUUUUCAGGGAUUCACCUAUGUUGCGCCCUCCAUUCUUGAAGAUUUUAGGAGACCCAAUACGGGAUUCACCUAUGUUGCGCCUUCCGUUCUUGAAGAAAUGAACAAUCCCAGAAUUAUCAAAUCUCGAUCCCCUCGUAAAAUCCAUACCUUUCACCAAGUACCAAUAGCGGCUCCUCCCCUACGUAAUCCUUUUGCAAAUCGUGACGACAAAAUGGAAGUCGUAUCACAUUUACAUAGGCAUUAAGUAAUUAGGAAUUAAUUGUAUAUGAAACCAAUAUUUUUAAAAACAAUAAAAAAAAAACAAAAAAAAAAUGGCAGAUGCAGAUCUGUUAGACUUAUUAACCUCUGGUCGAAUUUUUUAAAGUAAAACUUCUUGUUUAAUUUUAAACAUGAGAUUUUAAGUGAACUUUUUACCUUUAAAUUAAUUUUUUUAAUAUCAAUUUUAAGGAAUAUUUGGCUGGGGUUUAAUUGUAACUGAUCCGUCAAAUCUUUUAGGGUAGGAAAAGUAUCUUGCAGUUUUCUAACUUUGUAGUAGUUUGUAUUACUUACUUAAAUUCAUUGGGAAUCCGUAUAUUAUAUUGAAAUGAUUAUUGCCAAUAAACAUUAUUCAGAAAUGUGUAAUACCAAUAAUUAUAUUCUCAUUGAAAAGCUUUUGUAUGGAUUUUCCAAUAAUAAUUUAAUUAUAAUUUUUAUUUACUUUUUUUUUGUUACAAUCGCAAUCAAUAAUAAUCGAAAAUUAAAUAUCGUCUUGUACUCUGAAUACCAGCCGUGUAUAUUGUAAUUUCUGGAGAUUUAUUAAAUUUACUCCUCCCUCAUCUGUUAAAUAAAUUUAAACAUCCUUUUUAAGAAUUUGAUUGAAUUUUUUUUAUUGCUUAUUAGCGUUGUAUCUUUACUCCGAAUUUUUGAGUCGACUUUAAUGAACUUGACCAUUGGUUUAUCGACGUACCAUGAGUGUUCACAAUAGUGUUGUCGUUACCUUUUUUAUUAGACUAGUUUUAUAGAAAAGUUCUUAUAUUUAUUUAUACAUAUAUUUAACGCAGGCACACACCUAUACUUUACCCCUUCCAAAAAAAUAAAUAAAUAAGCAUUUUUGAAGUAUCCUUUGUUUGUAUACCUUAGAAGUACUUCAAAUAUGUAUGUAUACAUGAAUACGUAAUUUACAUUUGUGUGUUUUUGAAUAUAUGUAUUAAAAUAUAACAAUAUAUAUAUACAUUUAUUACUGUUGAAAUUUUAUCUUACUGUGAAUAUUGAUGAACUUUAUUAAUUUUUUUUUAGUAUGAAACAUAGGAUAUAAUUUUAAGCACAAUUAAUUUUAAUUGUAUGCCCUAAUACCCAAUACUCAUUUAAAAUGAAAAGUAUGAUGGGAAAAAGUCGUCUUCCCUUUGUUGUUAUUUUAUCUUUUCAAGACUUCUUAAUUGUUCAUAAUAAAAUGAUUAAAAAUAACAUUGAAAAAAAUUAAUAUUUUAGCUUAACAGUUUUGAGACUCAAUACUAUUUUUUUUUUUAUUUAAAUAUAUAUUUUUCACUUUCUGCCUGACGGAAAUUUUCUGCAUCUGCCUUAGCCAAAUUAUAGCUGUUCAAUUGCUCUUUUCAUAAAUAUUAUCUCUGGGUACAUAUCUUUUUAGGUAUCCACUCUGAUAUUUGUACACAUUUUGCUUUUU